AUGGCUGUCCUGACAUCCUGGGUCUGGGUACUGGCUGGCUGCUUUUCUGCAGCUGUAGCAGAGGAUUCUGGUAUCUCAGCUCUGUAUCCUGCUGUCUGGGAAGAGAGCCCAGAACAGUUAAGUGAUUAUAGGUCAGAGGAUGGACAGCACAUAAUGAACCCUUGGGAAGUCACUGAAAGAAUGGGGAUGUACAGAAUCUUACUGAAACAGACAGCCCCGUAUUUUGCAAGGUAUGCUCCAGAAAAUGAGCAAAAUCUUUUGUGGGGAUUGCCUCUGCAGUUUGGCUGGCAGUAUAAAACAGGUAGACUAGCUGACCCCACCGGGAUGAUAGACUGUAGCUAUGAACUUGCAGACCAUCUGUGUGUCUCUGUGGACAGUUGGUGGGCUGAUAUAAAUUAUUAUCUGAGUGUGAUACCUUUCCUUGCUGCUGUUGGUUCUGGGAUACUGGGGAUAUCGUCAGACCAAAUCGUGAUCUUGCCUCCACCCAGUGAUCAGAGGAGGUUUUGUUACACUGUCUCUGGCUGCCGAUCUGCCUUCCCUGAAACAAUGGACAGCUGGAACGCCUUUUUUCAGUACAUGCAGACGCCUUCCAGUGACUUUGACGGCCUCUUGGAGCACUUAUGGGCUGCCCACACCUCAUCCUUGGACUCUUCCCUCAGUACCUUUGUAGACAGAUAUGACUAUUACCCUGACCAAGAAGUGAAUUUUCAGAAAAACUGGGCUAUUGCUGUAAACUAUUUAGCUGCAGCCCGUCUUCCUACAACCCUGAGAAGAUCACAUGGCUUACAGAAGGGUCUGCCGCCACAUAUACUUCUUUAUACUGACAUAGCCCCUUUUAUUUCUGACUUCACUCCUCUUCAGAACAAAGUCCUGCUGAUGCUUAACGAGCUUGGUGACCUUGAUAGACUUACAGGAUCAUCAUCUUUGAAGGCAUGGGAAGCUAUCAUGAGUACAAAACUUUCAAGGAAACUAUUACUAAAAUUUCUUGAAGCAUUUUUGGGAACAUCUACAUAA